AUGGAGUACCCCGAGGUGACGCAGGCGGUGGGCAGCGGGCUGUCGUGGCUGUGCUACCGCAACGUGACCUUCAGCGGGGGCGGCAUGAGCCUCACAGUGCUCACUGGGGCGAUGACGGGCGACGUGGCGAACGUCACAUUCGAUGGGUGCACGUGGAGGGACGGCGCCGUGCUGGUGCUGGCGGGCAGCGCGGACUCCGCCGUGGGUUCGCUGAACAUCGCCGUCACCGGCAACACGUUCGACGACGCGCUGCUGAGCCCAGAAGGCGCGUUUCCCCCGCGCACAAACAUCACCAUCAGCGGGAACCAAUUUACGCUCACGCGGACGGUUUCGCCGCCGGGUUUGACCCUCGGGAGCCCGUCGUGUGUCGCGAUGAAUGAGCUGUGGGUCGCCAACCACUCCGCGGUGGUGUUCAGCGGCAACACCUUUCGGCCCGUGGCGGCGUACUCGAGCGCCAUCUACAUUGUCGACUCUUCGCUGAGGGUGUCGUGGGACUCCCUGUUUGCCGUGGUUCGCAACACGUUUGCUACGGGCGGCGCCAAUAGUGUUGUGGUACGGCUUGGGGGGUCCUGGGCGUCCGCGUCGCUGGAGGUGCUGAACAACUCUGCCGUGGUGGUGCAAGGCAACGUUGUGUCGAAGCCGCUAUUGUACUUCAUGUUAUUCCCGUGGUCGUUGCGUGUGGAGUCCCGGUCAGCGGUCGUGUUUGGGGGCAACUUAAUGCAGGGGGCCACAGCCGUUUUCGCCGUGGCCUCAAACGCCUACGUGUAUUACGACUCCUGGGUGCAGGUGAGCGGCAACCUUUGUCGCGGGUCCCCUGGGCUUGCCUUCGCCUUCCUGGGCGGGGCGCUGAGCCUCCGCAACUCCGCGCUGUCCGUGUCCCGCAACGAGUUCCGCUCCGACACGAACACGCCGACGGCGCUGCGGAUAGCCGACAUGGCCCAGCGACCUCUCAAACGGAUCGAUUGUGGCCGCCUGCAACACUGUGAACGGCGAAAAGGAGGCGGUCUACAUCGUCCCGUCGGCGUACAACGCCACGAUUCUGAGCUGCAGCGACCCAUGCGCCCUCGCGGCAUCGUGCUUCCCCGCGUAUACGACGACGACUUCGGGUGCCGGCUGCGCCUGCACGUGCGCGGAGGGCGGCCACGGCGACGCGUGCCUGCCCGUCGGCGUCCCCUGGAACGAUGA